UUGAUUUGUGGUAACAUGUAUAAUACAUCAUAUUUCAUUAUGAAAAGAACAUUAUAUAAGGGUUCUACAACUUACAUACAGCACAAUACUGAACAAUCGCACAGAAUCAAAAUGCAGAUCUUAGUCGGUAUACUCCUGGUUAUCUGUAGCGCAGUCAGUGCAUCCUACAAAGGAGGAUAUGGUGGUUACGGAGGUGGAUACGGAGGAUACGGAGGUGGAUUCGGUGGUGGAUUCGGAAGAGGAUACGGAGGUGGAUUCGGUGGUGGAUUCGGAAGAGGAUACGGAGGAUACGGAAUCGGAGGUGGAUACGGAGGAUACGGAAUCGGAGGUGGAUACGGAGGAUACGGAAUCGGUGGUGGAUACGGUGGAUACGGAAUUGGAGGUGGAUACGGUGGUGGAUACGGAGGCGGAUAUGGAAAAGGAAAAGUUGUUGUAGUUAAAGGAUAUGGCGGUUAUGGUGGUGGAUAUGGUGGUUUAGGAGGUGGAUAUGGCGGUUAUGGUGGUUACGGAGGUGGAUUAGGCGGUGGAUUCGGUGGUAUUGGAGGAGGAUAUGGUGGUGGAUACGGAUAUGGAAAGGGCAAAGGUGGAUCCAAAGAAGGUCAGUAG